CUGGAAGCUCCGAGCAAGUUAGUUUAGGGCUGGGUUUCUCUCUAAGCAGGGUCGGCUGCAGGAUUAGGGGCUGAGAGCGGGGUCUGGAGGCGACAAAUGAUUGUAGGGCGGGGCCUGGGGAGGGGCCUGGUGGCGUGGGGGCGAGGCCAGGCCGCGGGUUGGGCAGUUUAGGGUUCAGGGGUCUUAGACUAAGCGGUUCUUCGCGAGCACUGGGCCGGAGAGCACUGAAGCCACGCCCCUAUCCCCUGCUCAGACCACGCCCAAGGCCCCAUCAAACUCCUCCCGGAGGCCCCCUCCGGUCCCAUUUCCUCUCUCGCGGGUGGAGGCUUAGUAGAGAGGAGUUUCUCGGCCCAACGCGGUCUGUGGCGUGUCUACGGUGUCUUCGGGUUAGCUGGUCCCCGCACCGCGUCGGCCUGCAUCCUGCUGUCUGCACCCCCAGCAUGCUGUUCAGCUUGAAUGAGUGGCUGUGGCAGGAGACAUACUGGUUACCACCCAAUGUCACAUGGGCACAGCUGGAGGACCGUGAUGGCCUGGUGUUCGCCCACCCUCACCACGUGCUUGCUGCCUUGCCAAUUGCACUGGUCCUGGUGGCUAUGCGUAUCAUCUUUGAGAGAUUCGUGGCCUUGCCCCUGAGCCGGUGGAUGGGUGUGCAGGAUCCAAUCAGGAGAAAGAUAAAGCCCAACCCAGUGCUGGAGAAAUACUUCCUCAGGAUGAAGCAGAGACCAGUGGAGACCCAGAUGGUCCUCCUGGCUUCCCAGUGUGGCCUCACGUUGCGGCAGAUUCAACGCUGGUUCAGGAGACGUCGGAACCAGGAUCGGCCUUGCCUGUCCAAGAAAUUCUGUGAAGCCAGCUGGAGGUUUGUCUUCUAUCUGUGUUCCUUCGUGGGUGGCACCUCUAUCCUCUACCAUGAGUCAUGGUUGUGGACACCGGCAUUGUGCUGGGAGAAUUACCCACAUCAGACCCUGAAUUUGGCCCUGUCCUGGUGGUACCUCCUGGAGCUGGGCUUCUACAUUUCACUGCUAAUCACUCUGCCCUUUGACAUCAAACGCAAGGACUUCAAGGAGCAGGUGGCGCACCACUUCGUGACCGUGGGACUGAUCGUCUUCUCCUACAGCGUCAACCUCCUCCGCAUUGGCUCUGUGGUACUGUUGUUGCAUGACUGCUCCGACUACCUGCUGGAGGGCUGUAAGAUGCUCAACUAUGCCCACUUUCAGCGAGGGUGCGAUACUCUUUUCAUCAUCUUCUCCUUAGUCUUCUUCUACACACGCCUCGUAUUCUUCCCCACCGAGGUCAUCUACACUGCUGUGUUUGACUCAAUCAAGAACUCAGGCCCCUUCUUUGGCUACUACUUCUUUAUUGUGCUCCUGGGGAUGCUACAGAUUCUUCAUGUGUACUGGUUCUGCCUCAUCCUGCGCAUGAUCUGCAGUUUCCUGAGGAAGGGUCAGAUGAGAGAGGACAUUCGUAGUGAUGUGGAAGAAUCAGACUCCAGUGAUGACGAGGCAGUUUCUGAAGGUCCCCAGCUGAAGAAUGGGAUGGCUCGAGGGUCUAGAGCAGCCAUUACCAAUGGCCCGCGGAGCCGGGCAGCAGCUUGCCUGACCAAUGGGCACACCCGGGCCACAUAGACAACCGCAGAUUGACGUUGAGGGGUUGCCUCCAGCAUUGUGGAUAUUUAGAUGCUGGACUGGUAACUCUGGGAGACAGGGAGGCCCUACCUUAAAGUAGGAAGAAGACUGGUGAUCUGUUUCCCUUCUGUUCUUCUCACUUUAUCCCUUUGAACAACUUGACAGAACCUGGGGGAGCAGUGGACUCUGCAUCUGGCCAGAGCCACCCCCAGGCUAUAGCUUGGGGGCUCUGGGGAGCCUUGGCUCCAAGGACCAAUAAAACUUCAACAGUGACGAAUUCUCUGCCGCAAAGCUUGAGUUCCCUUCACAGCUCUUCCUCUCCAUUACUUACAGUGUUGACAAGAUUCCUCACUGCCACAUCAGGAUUUAUGUCCACUCUUGCCGGUAUAGCACCACAGCAUGAAGAUACUCCCUGCUCCUCAGUCAGUGCCUUCAAUUUGUUCUCCUUUAGAGUAUCCCUCCAGGACAUUAGCAUUAGCCGAUACAGGCUGACUUUUAGGAAAGAGAUUAUUAAGCUUAGAUGCAACCUCUCUCUCUGUCUGCAGUCCAAGCCAGAGGGUAGAGCUGAAACCUGUGGAUAUCCUUGUAGUCCUUCGCUUAAAGCAACCUGCAGCCCACCCUGGGGUCUUUAUACUCCCUUGGGAUGGCGGAGAGCUAAGAUUUGGUAUGAGGUUACUGUCUUCAGGAGUGCUAUAGGAAAAGAUCCUCCUCCAAGAUUGGAGGGUGGGUGACCAGUGUUACUUAACUCAGAAAUCAAAGCUAGAGGAUCCAUGUAUGGUUAGACUGUGCCAUCUUUGGGAGCAAGAGGAACCUUGUGUCGUGGGAGAAAGAGAAGAGAGUGGGGAGAAGAGGUCGUCUCAGGGGACUUCCAAAAAUAAAGGCUCUUGGUACAAAGAGCAGAGCCUGGCAUGGUGACCCAUGGCUAUCUUUAACAUCAGAGAGGAAGAAUAGACUGGAAGAACAUAUGAACCUGGGAUACAAAGCAGGGCCUGGUCUCAAAACAAACAACAGGUGGGCGUGUCAAGGAACAGGUACUCCAGAAGAGAAAACAAUCGGAAUCCGAGAUAGAAACAGCUAAGAAAAGGAUGGGAAAAGAAUGAGGGGUGACUCUGGGUGCAGAGCAGGUUGGUGAGGUGAGAUACGGAGUUUUGUCUUUUGGAGAAAUAUGGGGAAAAGGAAGAGAAAUGUGGCUUCUGUUGAGAGAACAACAGUAGGAGAAACAGAAGUAACACUGGUAGAGUAUGCAUAGGGACUUGUGAAAGAGACAGGAAGACAAAGCAACUGAUAGGGAAGGAAAGGGGGUUGGGAGGGAUGAAGAAACAACAACAACACCAAAAAGAACAGAAAGAGGAAAAUGGUGUUGAUGGUGCAUGGAUGAGAAAACUGGAAAAGAUCGGGAAAGGGUAUUUGAGAAGGAAGGCAGAGGGCCAUUGACCAGAGUAACAGCUUCUAGAGAACUUGAGGGAUGGAAACAAGAUGUGGCCACAAGUCUGAAAUCACAGUACUCCUGAUGCUGAGGCAGAAAGAUCCUAGGUUUGAGGCCAGCCUGGGAAGGAGUACCAACCUAAAAAAGCAACAACUGCAACAGGAAAUGCAUGGAGGUAUACAUGGACACAUGGAUUUCUGUUUUUCUUUUUCUUUUCUUUUUUCUUUUUAGCUGUGAAGAAUAAAUCAUGAUAGUUGCAGAAAAAUGGAUGCAACUGGAAGCCAUGUUUGGUAGAGUAAAACAGUCAGACAAAUACUGAAUGUUUUUUAUGCAAAAAUUAGAUUCAAAUGAUAAAUGUUUGUGUAUAUGUGUUUUUUGCAUUUGUAUGUUUAUAGGUCAUGAAAAUAGAGGGGUCAUGGGUCAGGCAUGGUGUUACACGCCUUUAAUCCUAGCACUUGGGAGGCAGAGGCAGGCAGAUCUCUUGAGUUUGAGGCCAGCCUGGUCAACAAAGCAAAUCCAGGACAGGGCUGUUACAUAGAGAAACCCCAUCUUGAAAAAAACAAUAAAUGAGAGAAAAAAGGAAGGAAGGAAGGAAGAGAGGAAGGAAGGAAGAGUUGAAAAAUACAGUCUAUGUGACAUGGAAACAAAAGAACCAACCAGAAAGGGACAGCAUGGAGGACGGGUACAGGAAGAGUAAUGAGUGAAUGAUUCCUGUUUAUUAAGAUGUCAGGAUGAAACCCAUUACUUUUUAUAAACUUAAAGUGCACAUUGGCCUUACUAAUAAUGUCAGUACAGAGUAAUGCUGGAUUCCUAAAAUAGUAGUUGUGAUGGUUAACCUGCACUGUCAGCUUGAUGAAAUCUAGAAUCACCUGGGAGAUGGGCCUCUAGGGGAUAUUUUGAUUAAGGUGAUUGAAGAGAGAAGACUUGUACACUUGAGUGGCACCAUUUCCUGCUAAGAAGAAUGUGUAUAGCCAAAUGUGAUUGUUCAUAUUGAUUGAAUGGAAUAUUCUGUAUAUGCUAAGUCCAUUUCCUCUAUGGUAUAUCUUUGUUUGGAUGACCUGUCUAUGUGAAAGUUUAGUAUUGGAUUCACCUACUAGUAUCAUAUAGGAACCUAUUUUUCCAUUUGAUGUUUGAUUUAUGAAGUUGGAGCCUCAACACAUGGUGUGUUUGGUUUUAGUGCUCUCGAUAGAGUAUUUUCCAUAUUUUGGUUUUUUAUCGGGGGGGGGGUGUUUCUUGGAGAUCUCAUAGAGUUGGAUCUAGUUUUCUUCCCUUAAAUAUAUGAAUAGAUUUUAUUUUCGUUUUAUAAGAAUUAUUUAGUUGCUGGGUGCUGGUGGCGGUGCAUGCCUUUACUCCCAGCACUUGGGAGACAGAUAUAGGUGGAUCUCUAUGAGUUUGAGGCUAGCAUUGUCUAUAGAGCUAGGUCUAGGAUAGCCAAACAGGGAUACCCAAAGAAACCCUGGUUGAAAAUUAUUUAGAGCUUGAAGUUUAUGAGAACAUUGAGAGGUUUUAUUGCUCCCUUUCCCUGUCAUGGGUAAGCCUCUCUCAUCACCAAUAUCUUCCUGUCACAGCGUUGUAUGCGGUACAAUCCACACUGACCCAUCCUCACCCAAAGUCCACACUUCUCAUUAGUGUUCCUAUUUUCCUCCUUGUUCUUUUAUAUUUAACGCAGGGUUUUAUCUGUAGCCCAGGCUACCUUUCAAAUUGCCCUCUCAACAGCUUCCCAAUGCUGCAGUUGCAUGAGAGCACCAUGAUACCAAACUGGAGUUCAUAUUUUGUGCCUUACAUUUGGUAGAUAUUGACAGAUAUGUAAUGACCUCACUGAAAUACCCUACAGAGUCACUUCACAGCCCCUAGUCCUCUGCACUCUUCUCGUCACCUCUGUCAAGUGGUGACCUUCCACUGUUCUCCAUGGAGUUUUUCAGUUUUUAAUCCAGUCAACUAGUUUGAUCUCUUCAUUGUAUUACAUGUAGAUUAUCAUUGAGAAGUAUCUACUGAUUUUUCCCACUUUUGUUGGUUGUAUUGAUUGUUCUUUAUAUUGUCCCACAUUUGUAUCUGGUUUACUUUGUUGGCUACAGUGGACUCCUCCUGGCUCCCCUUUGUUCAACUCAUCUGUUCAUGAAAUCAGUUCUUUCCUGUGUGGUCUUGUGAAUGAAAUUUCUUCUGUUGCUUACAGUAUUCCUUUAGUGCCUUCUGAAGUACCAGCUUGGUGGCCAGGAACUCCUUCAGUCGUGUUUUUGUUAUAAUGUCCUUACUUAUUUUUAAAUUCAGAAGACCGCUUGGCUUGCAAUAGUAGUCUUGACCAGCCAGUAUCUGCUUUGGAAACUUGAAAUACGUCAUUUCAUGACUCCUUGGUUCAGGGUUGCUGAUGGUACACCAGCACUUCUCUUUUAUUGUUGUUGUUUUGUUGCUGUUUUUCCUGUACAGCAUUUAAUACUGCUUCUUUGCUUUGUAUCUUUGACAUCUUGACUCUAGGAUGCCAUGGAGAGGUUCUCUCCUGGUCAUGUCUGUUUGGGGUUCCGAAUGUGCGUGUGUUUGAAUGUUUGUUUCUUCUUCUGGGCUCGGGGAAUUUUCUGCCUUAAUGUGGUUGAAUGGAUUUCCUGUACCUUUAGUGUUUACUUCACUAGUCCUGUGGGUUCUUGGGUUUGGUCUUGGACAUUGUGGUCAUGAUCAUUUACUUUUUGCUUAUUGGUAUCUAUAUGUAUUAUUUCUCAUCCCAUCCCCAUCCUGACAUUCUUUCUUCUGCUUUGAGUCCAUUGCCCAUGCUUCCCAUAUGCUUUUUUUAGCUUUGUUUUUUUUUCAUCUUCAACCCUUUUGUCCCUUCUCUUCUCAAGUUUCAUUGCUUAAGUUUUCUUUAAUAUUGCUGAAUUCUAUCAUCUCUCUUGCUGCCUUUUUCUUUUGUAUUGAUGACUUUCUCUGUAGGCCCUGUAUUGGAUUAAUUUUCCCAUUGAGUAUUCACUUUCAGGCCAUUGAUCAAUUUUUUUUUUACAAGAAAACUUUGAAAUGAAAUAUUCAUCUGAUAUUUUACCUAUCUCAGAAUGUUGCCUUUCUUUUUUUAAUGUUUCUUGUGUUUUCUGUCACAGUCUACAUGUCUUUGGGUUUAUAUGUCUUUUCUUGAUUUUGGAGAUUUGGUGGUGGUGGUGAAUUUCAUCAACAGCUUAGACCACAGGGAAAGUAAGCACCACAAGUUCACUGAUUUCUUUGCCGGUCUUCACAAAGUCUGAAACCUCAGGAAGCUGGCCCAAUACUUAAUCUUUUUUUCCUUUGUGAUUUUAAUUACAUUUAGUGUUAUUUUUAACCACUAUAUAAGACAUAGAAGUUACUCAAAAAAUGAAUACUAGAACUACCAUAGAAUCUAACCAUACCAUUCUUGGGUAUAUAGGCCCAGAAGCCAUCUAGAGGUAUUUGCACAUCCAUGUACUUGCAUGGUAACUAAAAAAAGGAAAAAUGCUAGAUGAAUAGAUAAAGUAAAUAUGGAGCACAUUCACAAUGGCAUUUAUUCAGCCUUAAAAAUGAAUAAAGUCAAGGCAUUUAAGAGGAAAUUUAUGGAUUUGGAAAUUGUUAAGUUAUGUGACUUAAGCCAUGAUCAUAAGUAUAGAUACCACAUUUAUUCUCUCUCUCCCCAGUAACAUGAAAGUAGAAAGUAACCGAGAGGGAAGAAAGUCUGGGAGCUGGGAAAGGGGAGGGGCAAUGAUUCAUAUAUGAAUAUAGAAAUAAAGAUUGUUUUAAGACAAGGAACAAGAGGAGACAGAGAGGGGUUGGGGAUUUAGCUCAGUGGUAGAGCGCUUGCCUAGCAAGUGCAAGGCCCUGGGUUCGGUCCCCAGCUCCGAAAAAAAGAAAAAGAAAAAAAAAAAGAGGAGACAGAGAGGAUGGGGGUAUCAGUUUGUGAGGGGGAUGAAUAGGAACAAAAUACAUGUAUGGAAAUAUAAUGUACUAACUUGAAAAAUUAAUAAAAAUUUAUGAAGUCUUAUAA